CCUAGGCAACACAAAAAUUGUCUGCCCCUACGGACACCGACCAACACCCCUGCCCCCCACCCGGGAGAGCCUUCCACUACCUCCCUCCCCCUGCGAUUGAGAGAAAGACACUCGUCUUCACAGCUCCAGACAUCCCCAAGAACGAAAGUCAGGCUCUACAUACACCAUCAAGCAGCCCCUCUCAGAUCCCACCUGGUUCCCUUGGUGAGCGGGUCCCUUCUUUCAUCCCUUCUUCUGGGGGGAAGUGCUGCCCCCCUAAAAACUGCCGCCCUAGGCAAGUGCCUUGUGGUAAAUACGCCCCUGCAUAGA